AUGGCUCAAUGUGUUUGCAGAGGAGAGGAUAGGCGGCCAGGGCCAAACGGGAGAUGCGUAGGUUGCAGUGAACGAAUAAAUCCGGCCACACGACCGGCAUGGAGCCCGUUACCGCCAGUCCCGCAGCAGCAGCCGUUACCUCCACCAGAUCCGCUACAGUGGCCGUUCCUACAUCUGCAGCCGUUGGCACCGGACCCGCUACAGUGGCAGCUCCUCCAGCAGCAGCUGGUACCGCAAGUCCCGCUACAGAGGCAGCUCCUACAGCAGCAGCCAUUACCGCCGGACCCGCCACAAGACAAAAUAGCCAAGGCCAUGGGAAAAGCCAAGGCCUACGAGAAAGCUGUGGCUGACAAGAUCUGCCCAUGUUCGCUCCCAGAGAUCGAGUGCAAGGUCAAACUACCGCUCCGUUGCACAGGAGUGAUAGUCGCACAAGGCCGCACAAACCAGGUGUGUAGCUAUAGGCCAUGCAUCGAUGCAUGCUGCCGGCGACGACCGCGGAAACCUAAAUUGGCAAGUGCAGAAAAACCUCGUGUACUACAUCCUUGCCAUUGUUUGGAGGUGAUCAAACGUGGUGAGAAAUGCUAUGCCGAAGGGAGGUGUGAGCAGACAUCCGACCGUAGUGGCUGGUGUUGUUCGGCGUGUGGGCCCAAGAAACCUGGGAGAAAUAGCGCGGACUGUGCUGCCAAAAGGUCGUCUAAAAAGUUGAGCGAUCGUAGACAGAUCUGGAGACCAGAAGGAUCCGAACAAUGA